AUGCGUUUGUCACUCCUCGCCAUUGUGAUGUCCAUGCUUUGCGACAUGCUGAGGAUCGAGCGCGGCGCCGCGCGCAGGUCGGCUGCUCACCAAGAGAAGUCAGGGGGUUGUCGGAAUUGUCGGGAGUGUUCCCCCGACAACGGCUGCAUACGCUGCAGCGAGCACCUCUUCCUCUUCCUGCAGCGGGACGGCAUAUCCCACCAUGGAACGUGUCUCCACGCCUGUCCCGCUGGACACUUUGGCCAAAGGGGGCGGGACAUCAACCGCUGCUUGAAGUGUCGCUCAGUGGACUGCGAGCUCUGCUUCAGCAGGGACUUCUGCAUCAAAUGUAAGCCGGGCUUCCAGCUCCACAAAGGCCGAUGUUUGAGCCACUGUCCUGAAGGAACCUUUGCACAAAACACUGACUGUCUGGGAGAGGAACACCACACUCAUAUUGAACCCUGGCCAACAAUAGAUGACUGCCUCCUGGAUCCGCUGGCCGAGUGGAGUGUGUGGAGUGUCUGCCUCCGAGACGGCGCUCCCUGUGGCUUCAUGUGGGGCCGACAGAGGAGGACGUGGGGCAUCACGAUGCCCGGACCCUCACUCUGCCCGUCGCAUAGCGAGACGCGGAGGUGCAGGAUGAAGAAGUGUUCUGCAGAUGGAGGACCGAUCCCGACCCUUUCAGCGGCAAAAAGUACAAGGAGGCCACAUGACUUGCUAGUUGCUGCACCGUUCUUUCAAAUGGCUGCUCUGAUCAGGGGGAUUCUCAGCACAAAAAAGGCCCUCCUGCCAUCGGCCGUAGAGAGAGAAAAAGGACAAAGGGCAGAGACUUUGGCAGAAAGAGGGCAAGAAAACGAGUGUGGAUGCUCGCCCACAGCGCCGGUAGCAACGCGUUGGACACCAAGACUGUCGGCACAGAUGCCUGACAGCGGCCACAACACACAUUCGUGUGUUAGCUUAGCACGGCUACAAGCCAAAGCAGCUGAGUGCACGUGACACUGAACCUUAGCACAACUUGACAUGUGCUGUAAAACGUGGAUAGAUGUCUGUAUGCGCUUCUGAUUUCUUCUGCUGGCUCUCAACAAAGUCGGUUGCAUCUUUCCCCUCUCGUCUCCCUGAUCUUCCCUGCUUUGCGUCUAUGUCUCGUGGUAGUCUCUCUCUGCACUGCUCUCCAAAUCGAAAUCAUGGAACUGAUCAACUGCUCUCUCCACGCAACUGACAACCGUUCAGGGGAACCCGUCUGCCCCGACGGAACGAUCACCACCGGGUACGUGAUGGACGGUUGGGGGAAGCGGAAGGUCACGUUCCUGGCGAUUCUUCUUUCCGUGGAGGACAUCAAAAACGUAUACCUGUUCGGAACCGUGAUAACAGGUCCGGUGCUGAAUUUGUAAGACGGACGCAGCAGCUAAACGCGCCCCAACAGCUGCCCGUCAUGAUUGAAACGGUGGGUAAAGGCGUUAGCACUCGGACUGUGACUGAAUCACAACAAGGAAAACAUCUUGGAGAAUUUCGGCCUCCCCCCUCGGCACUGGCCUAUUCAAGGUCGUGGCUUGAACAGCAAUUCCUGCAGCGGGACGCUCUGACCCUCCUCUUUCUUCUUUCACGGACAUCUGUUGUCCUCUCUGUUUCCAUCACGGUCGUCCCCACGGCAACUGCUGUGUGUGUGUGUGUGUGUGUGUGUGUGUGUGUGUGUGUGUGUGUGUGUGGUAUGUUUGAGGUACGUGUGUACGGUGUUUGGAGUACCGUUUUCCAGUAAGUAAUGACUAAAGUAUUUCAAAGUUUACAAGGUCACUACCAAGGAUUCUAGAGCCAAUCGGCCCCACGUGAAUGGAACAGAGUAUGGUCCGCUAUGGAGGAGAAAGUCCGCCAUGAUGGUGAGCAAGAGAGGUGGGCGGGGCUAGGAGGACAACAGUGAACAAUGUAUUCACGAGCUCUGAGCUGAGUAUUAAAUAAAGUUAUACGCUGUGCGUACACUUUGAUGAAAUGGAUGAAUGUUAUUUACUGAACAUAAUGAAUAUAUAUAUAUAUAUGUGUGUGUAAAAAUCCAUUAUACUGCAGAAAUAUGACCUACAUGCAGAUGUCAAUAAAAACCCGGGCAGCAGUAAGAAAGAAACUUUUUGCUUCUUUGACUUUUUCCUUCCUUAACAAUCAACAUGCAAAAUAAGAAUUGUACGCAAUAAAUAAACAUUUAUUUUCAAAAAUAAUAUUGUUCCUUCCUU